AUGUCGGAGGAAAUAGAGAAACUCACACAGGAGGAAAUGGACGUGGUGAUAUAUGACGCCCGAGCAGGCGACAUCGAAACACUACAGGAGAUCUUCGAUGAGAUACCGAAGGGGCAUUUGAUGACGAUAAAAGACGAUAUAACGCUAAGCACCCCGGUCCACAUGGCUGCGGCAAACGGCCACCUCGAGACCGUCAAGUACCUUCUUUCGCUAGUGCCCAAGAGCGACGCUGAAACUUUGGUCAGGGCCAAGAACGAGACGGGCAACACGGCGCUUCACUGGGCAGCAUACAACGGACACCUUGCAGUUGUCCAGCUUUUGAUUGAAGAAUACCACGCGGACCCGUUUGACAAGAACGAAGCCGGCCACGACGCGAUCUACGAGGCGGAAAACAACGGCAAAACCGAGGUGGAAAGCUGGUUUUUGAAAAAGUACACUCCAGAGCAAGACUUCACUGUGGAGGAAGACGGCGCCUCCACCAAAGUCACUUACACGCCGGGCAAAGAGAGCAAAUUAGCUGACGACAACGCAAGAGACGCCGUGUUUGCUUCGAGUGUGAAGGACGGCUACGACGGAGAGAGUCUGCGAGACAACAAUAACACCGGCAGUUCGCAGACCUGCAAAUCUGUCGAAGAGGGGGUUGCCCAAGUAUCUCUCAAUGACUAA